UCUAGAACAUUAAUCUUAAUUAUAAAAUUAUUAUUUUUUUUAGAGGGAUAGAUGCACCUGAACACGGCAUGCCAUUUUCAGAGGAGCCCAAAAAUAAACUAAAAAAAUUGGUAAUAGGAAAAUGCUUGAAGAUUAUAACAUAUGGAAUUGACAAUUUUAUUAAAUCCGGUCAAAACCGUAUCGUUGGAGAUAUAUACUGCAAUGGUAUUUUUGUACAGGAAAUAUUACUGAAAGAAGGAUACGUAUGGCACCACCCACUUGAAGAUAGGAAGAAAUUUGAUACGUGGCAAUUAAAGGCUAGGAGAGGUGGAUUGGGGAUAUGGUCAUUACCCUAUGCUGAGAAACCAUGGGAGUGGAAAAGUAAACAAAAAAGAAUUCCUUCAUAUACUUAGUUAAUACUUAAUAGUGUGUACUCUUUCCCUCUAACUAUAUAUAAUGUUAGAGGGUUUUAACGAGGCACACUUGUCUUUAAUGUUGUUGUUGUAAUGGACGAAAUUAAGGUGGGUUUAGCACAUGAUAGUGAGUACUUAGUUGGAUGCCAACCUAGCUUGGAUCUUUCUAAGUCUCAAUGAUUCUAUUACUUAACGUGCCUAUUAUGUAUACAAACAUUUAUGGAGUUAAAUUGACUUUGGACUUUUUUUUUGAAAAUAAGUUAAAGUAUCUCCUUAAGAGCUUUUAACUUUAAUGAUGUAAAAUGUUAAAUUUAGCACAAAAGAAGUAUAAGUCAAAUUUUAACCCACAAUAAAUAUUACUUUUUUAAUUAUCCCUUUGUCACUCAUUA